AUGUACGCUAAUUACAAAAAUGUCACCGAGGAGCAGAACCGCACGAAUCCGUACGCGGCAAUGGUGCCUGGCCAGACCAUAGUGGAAAUCCCCCGCUACGAAUUGGAAUGUGGUGAGGUUCUCUUGGAUUUUCCCGUUGCAUACAAGACGUGGGGCCGACUCAACAAAGACCACGACAAUGUCUUGCUCAUCUGUCACGCCUUGACCGGCUCGUCCGACGUCCAGGAUUGGUGGGGCCCUCUUCUUGGAACGGGCCUCACGUUCGACCCCUCGCGGUUUUUCAUCAUCUGCAUCAACUUUCUUGGCUCGCCGUACGGGUCGUGUUCGCCCAUGACCAUCGACAAGUCCACCGGAAAACGGUACGGGCCCGAAUUCCCAUUGGUCACUGUGAAAGACGACAUUGGCGUGCAGAAGCUCAUUCUCGACUUCUUGGGCGUGGAAAAAAUCGCCUGCGUCAUUGGCGGCUCAAUGGGUGGUAUGGCCGCGUUGGAAUACUCGUCCACCUACCACAACACGGGCUACGUAAAGAGCGUCAUUGCACUCGCCACCGCUGCACGUGCCCUGGCAUGGUGCAUUUCAUGGAACGAGACGCAAAGACAAUGCAUUUUCAGCGACCCCAAUUACAGAGAUGGCUACUACCACGAGACUCCCGGGCUCCGGCCGGACUCCGGUCUUAGCGCUGCGAGAAUGGCGGCGUUGCUCACAUACAGACUGCGCAAUUCUUUUGAGACGCGAUUUGGGCGCAAAUUGCCCUCCAACGUCCAGCUGAAGAGAGCCGGCGCAGCGCAGGACGAGGGCAUUCGGCUUCCCAAGAACAAGGACGAGGAAUCUUGGCUUCUGCACAACGACGGUGCCCGCUCGUCUCGACAAGUAUCCUCGCAGCUGCUCCAGUCUCUAACUUCCUCAGACAAGCCACAGACCUACUUCACGGCACAGUCGUACUUGCGGUACCAAGGCGACAAGUUUGUGGCGCGUUUUGACGCCAAUUGCUACAUCUCCAUCAGCAGGAAGCUUGACACACACGACAUCACGCGGGGACAUGUGGACUUUGACGAGAAUGCAGAUGAGGAUCCGCUCGUCCAGUACCUUGGCUCGUUGUGGUUGCCCCAUUUGAUUAUUGGCAUCACUUCCGAUGGGCUUUUCACAUACGGCGAGCAGCAGUUGCUUGGGGCUUUCCUCCCGGACAACACGUUGAAAACCCUUGAUUCCCCGGAAGGCCAUGAUGCGUUCUUGCUAGACUUUGAGAUCAUCGAUGAAUACUGUAGAGAGUUCUUGCACGACAGAUUGCCUGAAUUCUACGACGACUCCGGCAAAAUCGAGCCCUUUGAGAACUGGAAAGACUACGUGGUGUCGGUGGAAAAUGGCGGCAAUUCUGUGUUUGGUGAGGCUGAGAAGAAUAUCACAAACUGGUAG